AUGCACACGAUGACUCCCUCGCCACGCGAUAGAGGUCGACGGGGACAUCGGACUUACGAAGAAGAAUUCGUCCUUUAUUUGCAAGGGGCCGUGGUUUAUGAUGAUGAGCAUGGCUAUCCUACAGGAUUAGGCCAGAUCAUUGUCAAAAAUGAAGAUGAAGCAUGGCGAACGUUCCGAAAGUUAUCUUCCAGUGGAUGGGAGGGCCAGCCUCUGACCGUAACUCUGGCCAGAGCCAGUUCUCCAACCAGUCCCAUAGCUGGUCCUACACGAAGCUCUUCAGCCACAGUACCUGCUGCAGCAUACAGGGGUGCCAUGCCUCACAAACUUGACAUGCCUAUUUCAACUGAGCCAUUACGAGCACCUUCGACAACAGCAGCGACAACAAGUUGUCUACCUCUGAUACCUAUGCCUCAUUACACCCCCAUAAGUCACGGACACGCUUCUCAUCAUAGCUUCCCAACAGCACUGGAUUCAGGGUUUCAAUCGCCAGCUUGGAACCCACAUCCGGAAAUGCUCGCCUUCUCACCAACGAUGGCCGUCUUUCCGCCACCAGUCGAUCAAAUAGAAUACCCAUAUUACUUUCCAUACUCACUUCCAAUGCCAGUCUCAAUGCCGCAGCCUAUGUACACGGAAACGGGGCCCGAUUAUGAGCAGCAUCGUCAGGCCCCUUCCGCCCUCCCACGAAGGUCGACAUCCGCGUACAUAAUGCCAAACUCGUACCCUCAGCAUGGAUAUCAAAUGUAUGGAUACGAAGCCCAUAAAACCGGUAGCGGUAUUCACAGCGGUACAAACACAUAUCCAAACGACGCAGCGUCGUACUGCACUACGGGCAUCCUCUCCCAGCGAACGAUGCCAAUGCAGCCAACAUGCAAUAUCAUAAUUGACAAUAUCCGUCCAGGCGUCGAUCAGCAGACACUUACAGAUCACUUCCGCGGCGCCGGGUACAUGCUUAACUGCCAAAUCAUUCGUUAUGACAGUGACGAAAACGGAGGUCGCUACAAUGAACAUAAUUACCCAGCGCAGUGUUACGCAACGGCCACUUUCUCUUCUGCAGACGAAGCCGAGAAAGCUGUUAAAAUGUACAAUGGAUCUGACCUUGCUGGAAGCAGGGUGGUGGUGAGACUGGAUUCGAAAUGGGACGAUGCUUCUCUUGACGACUCUACCCCCUCUACUACUACAACCACCGCUACUACUGCUGCUGGCGGUGGCGAUGGCGGUGGUGAAAGUGACUGGUCAAGGUCAUUAUCAUUUACAACUUCCUCGACGCUUCCACUGCGCUCGUCAGUGUCUGAGUCGACUGUUGCAUCCAUGGGGGGAUUUUCGGCUUAUUCCGAAUCCCCCAAACCCCAAGUAUUGGUCGGCACAACAACUCGAAAUCAUCGCCAUGCCAAUAACCGAAGUAGGAGAGAUUCAGGGAAAGAGUUGCUGAAGUCUGAUAUCACGACGACCACUACCCAUCUCGCGCACCCGGAAAACGUACAAGAGCAUGGCAACGAUGAUAAAACGUCCGACAAACAGAGGAACAGCACCAAAUACGCGCAGCCCUCUUCUCGUUCCCUAUCUCCCAAGUCUAGAAAUACCGAAGAGGAAUCUCUGCAGCAGCCGUUGGUGGUGAAUGGGUCUAUUCUUGGGAAGCCGAAGAUGUGA